UCUUCAAUUCCUUUCUUUAGUUUUUUCUUAUAAAAGAAAAUCAAUUUUGGUUUGAAGAACUUCAUAAUCUCCAAUCCAAUCGGAGAAUCAUUCCAAAAUGUAGUUUUUGUCAAAGCUUCACUCCUCUCCUCAACGCAGACCUUCUUCUACUUCAGCCAGAGUAGUUGUAUAGAUGGCAAGCCGAGUGACUAGAUCAAAGAGCGAACAAUCCCAACAGCAUCAGCCGCAGGAACAACAAAAUAGAGCGAAAUGGACAUCAUUUCUUACCAAAAUUCUUGCAGAUUUGAUGGUUGAACAAGUUUACAAAGGGAAUAGGCAAAACAAUUAUUUUGUCAAGAAAUCUUGGGAGCACAUGUGUGACGGUUUCUAUAGAAAAACAGGUCUUAAAUGGGACAAGGACCAACUAAAGAGCCGGUAUGCUGUGCUGAGGAAGCAGUAUGCUACUUUAAAGUCCCUUCUCGGUCGAGGUGGUUUCACUUGGGAUGAAACUACAGGAACUAUUACUGCGAGUGAGAAAGCAUGGACCGAAAUCAUCAAGGAACUUCCUGAUGCUGAGUCUUUGAGAACUAGUGGCUGCCCCAUUUACAAAAAGCUAUGCACUAUAUUCUCAGAAUCAGUAACCAACGGGAAGCAUGAUCAGUCUGCUGAAGUCGGGGAAAAGACUCCAUCAAAGAUCAAUCAAACAACACCCUUGUCCCUGCAGCAGCAGUCCUCAUCUGAAUCAGAAGAAGCUGAUGAUGUUACCGAAAAUCAAGAUAAAGGUCAGCAGCCUUCCACUCCUAUGACUGGUACUACUCGAAAAAGAGGGCGGAAAGGAAUUGAUGAUGCGAUUGCUGAAGCUAUAUUGGAGAUGGCAACUGCAUCAAAGAUGAGGACAACAGCCAUACAACAAUCGAAUGCUGCCAAAUACAGUGUUACACAAUGUAUCAAACUAUUGGAUGAGAUGCAAGGUGUUGAUGAGAAACUCUACUUGGCUGCACUCGAAAUGUUCAACAAGCCUUUAGCAAGGGAAAUAUUUUUGUCUCUAAGAGGCGAUAAGCGCUUGACUUGGCUACAUCGCAAAGUUCUUGGCGAAGCCCACUUACCUUAUUAGUUCAACAAAGAAACAACUAGACAUGUUUGUUAAGAGAAGAGACUAAUUAAUAACUUGAUUAUUUACCUUUGUAAAUAUGUAGUUGGAUAAUUUUACUACAAAUUUUCUUUGAUUUCUA